UCGCGUACAGCGCUGACCUCACUGAACACUGAGCUGAAGCGCAACGACAGGCGCAGUUUCUCACCAUUCAUCUGCCCUCAGAUGUUGGAUGCGCGGCCGGAGACUCACAUCACUGGGCACAGUGUCAGAAAGAGGAGAUUCUAGCUUAAAUAAAUAUGAAAUAACGACAGAAGGGGAAUUUAUAUCUAAAGCGGCGUGUUUCCUCAUCUGGGUCAGCUACGUGAGUUUUUUUCGUUGAAGAGUUCGGCUUUCGCCCUUCGAAAAACUGGAUUAAUUUUAAUUAUGAGUUUAAUAUUACUCGCUACGUUUUCGCAAAGGGAUGAUUAAAAAAACCGUGACCAGAUCUCUCGCGUCAGUCCACUUUUAACAACAGGAAUAUGGCAAAAAAUAUUAUAGACGUCCCAAGGGAUGAUUUAAGUAAGAUAUCGGAUGAAGAACUGCUUAAAUGUAGCAAAGAGGAGCUGCUUAGGAGACUCCGGAAAGUGGAUAGUGAAAAGAUUAACUUGAUGGUGGAACACGGGAACAUGAUGAAGGACGUCAACCGGAGAUUACAAGUGCAUCUCCACGAAAUACGGAGCUUGAAGGAGGUCAACCAGAAACUGCAAGAAGACAACCAGGAGCUUAGAGAACUGUGCUGUUUCUUGGAUGAUGAUCGGCAGAAAGGGAAGAAGCUGUCCAGGGAAUGGCAGAGAUUUGGCAGGUACACUGCCAGUGUUAUGUUGAAGGAGGUUGGUGUAUUCCAGCAAAAACUGAAAGAUCUAGAAACCAACCAGGAGAGUGUGAUGAAAGAGAAUGUGGAGCUGAAGGAGAUCAUCCUUAUGUUAGAUGAUGAGCGGAAUGGAGCCGGAUCCAGGAGCUCCAUAGACAGCCAGUCCAGUCUGACCAAUCUGAACGGAGGUUCUGCUACUGUGAGGGAUGUUGGAGACGGUAGCAGUACCUCUAGCACGGGCAGUGCUGGAAGCCCUGAUCACCACCACAGCCAUAUUCACAAACCUUCAGAGGGAAAGAUAAUGUCUAUCAGGAGGUCUAUGGAUGAUCUAUCAACCAACCAUCUUCUCAGAAGCAUACCGAAUGGGCUCAAUGAUUCAUCUUCAAGCUUACAUCCGCCAACUUGAGACUAAAGUCGGAUUUUAGAGGAUGACAACAAGCAAGUG